UCUCAAGGUCGUAAGAGCACUCUUCUGUUGGCCGCCGAGAGGACUAAUCGGCCCGAUAUACUUAAUGGGUUUAAGCACUAUAAAGGAGGUUGGGAUAUCACCAAUCGACAUUACUGGGCUUCUGUUGGAUUCACCGGUGCUUCUGGCUUCAUUUUGGCCAUCGUGUGGUUCAUCUCAUUUGGACUGGCUGUUGCAGUACACCAUUGUUGUGGAUGGAAGGUGAAAAUUGCAGACGGAGGGUUGCGUGGUCAGACGAUAUGUCUCAUACUGCUGAUAGUGUUCACAUGUGCAGCAGCGAUUGGCUGCAUUCUUCUUUCUGUUGGUCAGGGUGAAUUUCAUGGAGAAGCUUUGGAUACUUUGAAAUAUGUUGUAAACCAAUCUGAUUACACAGUUCAAACCCUGAGAAACGUCACGGAGUAUUUGUCCCUUGCCAAAACCAUCAAAGUAGCCCAAGUACUUCUUCCUUCCAAUGUAAUGGACAACAUAGACAAACUGAAUGUGGAUCUGAAUGCUGCAGCAAACACACUGGAAGAGAAGACCAGUGAAAACUCUCAAAAGAUCACAACAGUGUUCACUGCGGUGCGUUCUACACUAAUUGCUGUUGCUGCAGUGAUGCUUGUACUGGCUGUGGUUGGUUUUGUUCGACUUAUUUUAAGCAACGAAUUCUUUGUUUGCAGAUUCGUGCUGAGUGGGUGGUUGUUAGUAGCUAUAACGUUCAUUCUUUGUGGAGUCUUCAUAAUUUUCCACAAUGCAAUGACAGACACUUGUACAGCCAUGAACGAAUGGGUUCAAAACCCUCAGGCAGCUACAACACUCAGUGAUAUCCUCCCCUGCGUUGAUCAGAGUACUACAAACAAGACCCUCUUCCAAAGCAAAGAAGUCGUUAAUGACAUUGUGAAUGUGGUCAACACGUACAUAUACACCUUUGCAAAUGCAAAUCCAUCUCGGUCCGAAUUCAAUUACUACAACCAGUCUGGACCUCUGAUGCCUCCCAUGUGUUACCCAUUUGACUCACAGUUCAACGAUCGCCAGUGUGCUGCCCAAGAGGUCUCGAUGGCUAACGCCUCCUUGGUAUGGCAGAGCUACAUAUGCCAAGUCUCGUCAUUGGGGUACUGCACAAGAGUUGGAAGGGUGACACCUGAUGUGUAUGGGCAGCUGGUAGCAGCUGUUAAUGAAACCUACGCUCUGGAAUACUAUACUCCGCUCCUGCUCAGCCUUCAGGACUGCAAAUUUGUGAGAGACACAGUCCAAGAAAUCACCUCGACGUACUGCCAUCCUCUGGAGCAUUACCUCCAGCUCAUAAACGCGGGAUUGGGGUUAAUCUCUGUUGGAGUUUUGCUCUGCUUGGUUCUCUGGAUACUCUAUGCAAACCGGCCCCAAAGGGAGCAAGUGUUUGCCAACAAGCUGCGAUUACCCAUUAAAGGCAACAAUUUCAGUUUCUGCAGCAAGAAAGCCAGUCCUCCUAACAACUGCAACGACACUGUUACUAAUCAUGUGCCAUUGUCAGAUACAAUUGCUAGUAUAGUUCAUUAGUAAGUCAUAGAAAUACAGAUUAAUGAUGUAGUAUAGUUUUGUUCUAGUCCUUUAUUCCAGGAAGAAGGAAGGACGAGCGGAAUAUACCGAAACAGGGCGAAGUUCUGGUUCGAGUUGUAGUUUCGUGUACUUUAGUCUGUAUCAAUAGUAAAAAGUCCAAGUGCUAUUGUGCUUUAUUCCAGGAAGAAGUAGUGAACAGGGUGGGAGUGCAAAAUGUCGAGGAUCUUGCUUGCAUAUUCUAUGGACGAUCUCAGACUUCCUAGCCAGAGAAAUAGGAAUUCUAGGUCACCUAAGCACUAUUUUCAGAGACAACAAAU